AUGUUGCAUAAGAUCUCAGCUUCAACAGGAAGAAUCACCUCCAACAAUGCUCCAAAACCCAUCACAAAUCCCCCAAAUUUUGGGUUUUUGAACAGUGAUACAGCAUUUUUGGAGGCCCAAAAACAAAUCCUCUCAUUCUCACUCUCGGUUCUCUCUCUCCUCUCUCCCUCUUCUUCUUUCUCUCUCCCGUUGAGAAAAAAAAUAGAGCUCUCCACCUUUGAAAUUUUCCGUCGUUCUUCUCCGAUCUGGCGUCGCCUUCCACCGUCGCCGGCCUCUGCUCACCGGAAUCGCGUCGCUGCUGUCACGCCGUCGCCGGGAGGAGCUGCUGCUGCCGCCAGCCCCUGCCUUCGUCGCCGGGAGGUCGCUGCUGCUGCCGUCGCUGCUAUCGGCGUAGUCGCCGGAUCGCCCUUCGGUCUGCUGUCGCCUGUCGUCGGCUUCUCCGCCGAUUCAUCAGCGGCCCCCGUCGGUCAGCUCCGAUUCACCCGAACACCCCAAGGGCGAUCACUCCCCUUUUCAGCUCCCAAUAGCAGCAACGAACUCGAUAACCGCGAAAAUGGUGAGAUGCAGCUGCAAACCCAUUUCCUUGCGAAUGCCUGUCCGGCGGCCUGGCUCUCCGGGCCCUAGAGACGGGCCUAACGGGGAGCGGCGGCGGAGUUUCGGGCGGCUGCUCCUCCAGCUGCUGCAAUUUAUCGAGCAUGAGCUCCAGCGAGCUGCGAGUCGCCAUGGAUGUCGUCGUUACCAUCUUCUCAGUUUAGUUUCAAGUUUUAAUCGAAUGGUGGAGACGAAUCUGCGCGGCAUUCUUGUAUGAGAAUGAAUGCGGCUUUUAUUUUUGGCUUACUUGAGUUUCGGAAAAUCUACUUGUGUUGGAGGGGAUGAAACUGCGUGAUUAUUUUUCAUCGUGCCUUUUGCUUUAUAGGAUGUGAAUCUUUUUUAUUUUGAGUGGAAUUAUAAGCUGAAACUGGAUGAUCAGGAUUUGUAUUUUUGGGGCUCAAAAUUCAUUUGAAUACAAAUUAACAAAAUGUUACAUAUA